AUUGAGUCAAAUAAUUGAAUUUUACUAUAUUUAAUACCAUAAAAUUUAAAUUAAUAUUUUGUAGCCGGUCUGGAUCAGACUGGUAGUUUUCAUAUUUGGACCAGAACCAAGUCGGAUAUAAUCCUCAAAAUUUCAAAAUUCAAUCUUUUAGUCCAAUCGGUUCAGGUCUGUUCCGAUCCGAGUUUGGACCGGUGUGCAAUCCUAGUUGCAAGUUAUUUGCCUUCAAAUUACUAUUGGGUAGGAAACAACUUAUGCUUGUGUUUGGUCGACAAAUAAUUUAAAGAGCAUGGUAAUUGGUUAGUGUUAGUUCUAGAAGACUGUUUUGUAUGAUGAAUGCCUUCCAAUUACAUUUAGGAAGAUGAUGAUGACGAUUGUUUCACUAUUGAUGCUGAUGAUUUGUUGAAGACUCUUUUGAAGACCCUUUUUGAGCCAAGGACUCUUUGACCACACUCUCUUGUAUGGGCAUGAGCUGCCGUCUCUCUUUCCUCUCCAGACACUGACCGUAGUUGUCUAUGAACGGGAUACACUAGGCAUGAUGAUGAUGACGACUUGAUGAAGAGUUUGUUCCUGAUCAAUGGAUGAAUCCUACUUAGUUUUCGAGAUCGCUGCUUGGGUGUUCAGAUAUUCCCAUUUGCUUGAAUUCAAAAUACAGUGUUGUAGCAUCCUGAAGAAGAACCCACAAAUGAAUCAUGCCAAGUUUGGAAUGGGCUCUUUCUUGCAAUCUUCAAAGUUUGGUACAAGAAAAAACGAAAAGGUUAACUCAUUUGUUGGAAGAUUUGCAAGUAAUCAAGAAACAUCCAUAAUAAAAAUGUCGAGCUCGGAGAAUCAGAUCAACUAUAAUAAGAGGAUGCUCUCAAACUAUGUUCCUGUUUAUGUCAUGUUACCAUUAGGAGUAGUUUCCCCAAAGAAUUCGUUCAAAGACGAGGAAGGCACAAGGAUACAACUAGAAGAACUAAAAGAAGCAGGAGUAGAUGGAAUAAUGGUGGAUGUUUGGUGGGGAACCGUUGAAUCUAACGGUCCAAAACAAUAUGACUGGAAAGCUUAUAGACAUUUAUUCAAGGUAGUACAAGAAUAUGGUUUGAAAAUCCAAGCUAUAAUGUCAUUUCACCAAUGUGGAGGCAACAUAGGGGAUACUAUCAAUAUCACACUUCCUCAAUGGGUUCUUGAUAUUGGUAUAAACAAUCCUGAUAUAUUUUAUACCAAUUUGGCUUCUACUCGGAAUGUCGAAUACCUUUCUUUGGGUGUUGAUAACCAACAUCUCUUCCAUGGCCGAAGCGCUAUACAGAUAUAUGGCGAUUUUAUGAAGAGUUUUCGAGAGAACAUGGCAGAUUUCUUGGAGGCAGGGAUAAUAGUAGACAUUGAAGUAGGUGCAGGUCCUGCUGGAGAAUUACGCUACCCUUCUUAUCCUGAGGCCCAAGGUUGGGAGUUUCCGGGCAUUGGUGAAUUUCAGUGCUAUGACAAAUAUAUGGCAGAAGAUUUCAAGAAGGCAGCAACAGAAGCAGGUCAUCCCGAAUGGGAGCUGCCCAAUGAUGCUGGUCAAUACAAUGACACCCCUGAACAAACAAAUUUUUUCAAGAAACAAGGAACUUACCAAACCGAAAAAGGAGUCUUCUUCUUAACUUGGUACUCCAAUAAACUAAUAAUCCAUGGUGAUCAGAUCUUGGAAGAAGCUAACAAAGCAUUCCGCGGUUGCAUUCUCAAGUUAGCUAUUAAGGUGUCAGGAAUUCAUUGGUGGUACAAGUAUCACUGUCAUGCAGCUGAGCUUACUGCUGGAUACUAUAAUUUAGAUGAUAGGGAUGGAUAUCGGCCAAUUGCAAGGAUGCUUACUAGGCAUAAUGCUAUCUUAAAUUUUACAUGUCUUGAGAUGAUAGAUACUGAACAGCCCUCUGAAGCUUUCAGUGGUCCAGAGGAACUUGUUCAACAGGUGUUAAGUGAUGUUUGGAAAGAGAAUGUCAAAGUUGCAGGUGAAAAUGCACUUCCAUGUUAUGACAACAAUGCUUACAAUCAAAUCCUGUUGAAUGCCCGCCCUAAUGGAGUGAAUACGAAAGGAGCACCAGCAUUGAAGAUGUUCGGGUUUACAUAUCUACGUGUUUCAGAGAAAUUGCUGGAAAAGAAAAACUUCAAAGUGUUCAACAAGUUUGUCAAGAGAAUGCAUGCCAAUCAAAAAUACUGUCCAAACGCGGAUAUGUAUGGGAAUUCUAUUGAUGCAUUAGCGCCAUCAAAGCCAAGGAUUCCUAUUCAUGAACUUCUCGAAGCGACUACGCCAACCAACCCAUUCCCUUUUGACGAGAAGACGGAUAUGAGUGUUGAUGGCUCACUUUCUGCUGUUAUAACUAAGCUGACAAGUUUGUUUGAUGCCUUGCUUACUCGAUUAACUAAAACUUGAGCCUUAAGUGGGUCCUACUUGAGCUCCCGACUAGGCACGAUUUGGGAUCAAAUGUGAAUGGGUCUGUUGCUUAUGACAACAGAAAAAUUCGGUACAUCCUUAGUAAAAACAAAAAAGCUGUUUUCGUUAAACACUUAAUAAACAAAUAGAACUUAAAAUUUCAUAUAAACGAGAAGUGUACACAAUUCAAUGAAUCGUUUUCAUGAUGUUUUGAUGUUUUAUUGACAUGUGCCCUAUUACCAGACUGAGUGUAACAAUUAAUGCAAGUUGAUAAUGAUAUUUCAACAGAAUUUAACAUCUUUGUUUACAUAAUCAAAUAUCUAAACUCUUGAACACCUGGAGUUUUCCGUAGUAGAAUACUAGCUACAUUUCUACAUCUCGAACAUUCUAGAUAGUUAAACAGUUUACGAAGAUUUUUAUAGUAUUCUAACAAAAUCCACACUGUUGAAUACAGUAUGAAACUGUGAUGACAAAAUAAAAACAAGAAUUGAUCUGCAACGCCACAUUUAUGCAGUGUUUGUUAAGUCCAAAGCUGAUGUUUCUUCAUUUGCUGAGUUUUGUAAACGCUUAAUCGCAUUCUGAACCUAUCAAAUAAUGCAAAAAAGAGGUUACCUACGAAAGAUGAAAAAAAAACUGCGAUUCAGAUUGCAUGUUGUGCAAAUAAGUCGUACCUCUGCAUUCCAGUUCGUCCGAGCAGUCAAAAUAAUCAAAGUUACAGUUUGUAGUAGUACGCCGAUUAUCAUUCCCCACCAUAUGCCCUGAAAUAGUAAUUGCUUUUAUUGAGUACUUGUUAUGUAGGAAGACCAAUAACAAAACGGAGGGAGUAUUACUUACUGCAACUCCGAGGCUAGUCUUGAAACCCAGUACACAACCAAUAGGAAGACCAAUAAUGUAAUAUGUUGCUAGAUUUACAUAUGCCACAACAGCUUGCCAUCCGC